AAGACAUCACAUAUUUGCAAAAGUGCUCUAACGUUCUCGGAGAUGCCUGAGGCUUCAGGGUAAUCCGCAGAUGAUCUCUGCAACACCAAGGGAAGUCAGGUCACCAAAAAGGAGAUCACAGGGUAAGGCCCCAGUAACCCUGUGCAACUGAACUGCUCUUCAUCUGGCCUCUUACCCAGGACCAGUUUGCCUUGGUAGACCCUACCGGGUGGAGAUAAAGCUCCCUGACAACAUAGCCACUGGGAUCACUGGAUACUAUAAACCAGUCCACCACAAUAAGGUAUCAAUUCACUGAGGUGGUCCUGGCCGGGCACAGCCCAAAGAAACCGCAUGACCUGGUUUCCUGUAGGCCCACCAACACCAAAGUGUCUCUUCAUUAAUUACUUUUUCAUUUUCUAUGUACUUACACAUUGCAUUUAAUCAUUACUUAGUAUUGGUCUUUGGCUCUCUAACAGUUUGUUUUUUGACCUGUCUUCCUCCCAUCACAGAUGUUUUCCCCUCCCUGAACAUGGCUCUUUCAGUUUUCUUUCUGGUAAAAAGGAGUUUUCACUCCCUGCUCUUAUCAAUUGCUUGCUCAUAGGGUGUUAUUUUAUUGUUGAGGUUUUCUUUUUGUUAUUGUAGAGUCUUUACCUUACUAUAUAAAGUGCCUUGAAGUAACUGCUGGUGCUAUAUAAAUAAAAUUGAAUUGAACUGAAUUAAGUUUGGUUUAUUAGGUUAUUAACAUGGAUAACUGAAACAGGCAAUUUUCCAUUUAAUACUCCCGAUUUUUAUUAUCAAACAAGUAAUAACAAAUGCGAUUACACAUGAACUACCACAUUUGUUAACAAGCUUUAUCAUUGGUGGGAUUGUUGGAAAGCAACAAUUCUAAUAUAAUUAUUGCACAAAGUAGGGGACAUGUAGAAGUCGCAUCCAUACACAAUGGACCUCAAUCCAACGCAAUGCAACUCUGGGAUGUAGGGAGGCUCCUGUACUGUUUGGGUAGGAUUUACUUCCUAUUGUUGUGAUACAAACUCCAGUAAUAAAAUGAGGUUACUACUAGAUUACUGUCACUAAUUUAAAAAAAGUUAACUUCCAAAUGCUAUACAGAUUUUAUGAUUGUAUAGCAUAUACAUUAUCAUAUUGUUACCAAAAUAACUAAAGUAAAUAACUAUAAUAUAUAAAAUAUAAAAUUUUUGCCUCACAGGCAUUGUUAUUUUACUUGCCAUUCAUGGCCACUAUUUAUUAUUUCACUAAUUAAAUUUCAGUUUCUUAAAAAUCUAAAAAUCUAUAGUUGAUACUGCACUUCCUGUUCAGUAACACCUUGAUAAUUUUAUAGAAAUAAAUUGUAAUUUGUUAUUAUUUUCUCCUUACUUAAAAAAUUAAUACCCCACUAUUAUAAUGUUAGUACUAAUUUGUAAUAUAAAAUCCAGCUGAAAAUAGUUUACAAGAAGAGAACACAGACAUGGAAACACAGUACAAGUUACACUCAAGACUUGAUCAACCACCACCAGAUAGGGGCACGCCCUCUUGAAGAAAACAAAAAAGAAAAAAAAAACAGUCUUUGUCAAAACACCUAUAUAAACCAGUGAAAACUCUCUUGCGCUCAUAUACAAACCACUUACAUCAGGCAGGGAUGGAGACAGCAGGUCUUAUAAUUGGUCUGAUACUGGGAGUGUAUUUUUUUCAGUUGAACUCAGUUGUCGCGUUGGCUGUGUGUCUAGAUUGUCUGAAUCAAAGGAAUAGGUUUACAGCAGCUCAUGCUGGAACACUGGUUUCAUCUUUGAACUGUAAGCUCCAGGGUAGCACUCGUUUGCCCGCAUUCUCAAUGGAUGGAGAUUUUAUUAUUGGGGGAUCGUUCUCCCUUCAUGCCUACAUGGAUACAUUUUAUAACAACUACUCUAGCAUACCGAAGCCUGUGAAAUGCAAAGGGAGGUCAGUAACAGUGAGAUGUGUGUGAUAACCACAUGUUGGAUUGUAUAAUGGGGGAGAAAAAUUGACAUGUAUUGUGUUUAAAGGUGCUGAAUUAUCUCUGUGUCGUGCCAAAAAGAAAUGUAAAGCAUUAUGCUAAAUAAUUUGCAGUUUUUCAUUUAAUUUUAAGUUUUAUUCUAGUUUUGAAAACUUCACAAAUUAAAGUGUGUUAAGCAGCAGUUUCAUAAGUGCCAACCCAGAAAACAAAAGAUAAUUUCCAGUAGUUAUCUGACAGUGGUUCAAUCCUGCAAAACGUCCUUAAUAUGUAGCCUUGUAGCCUUAAUUCUAACACUUGCUUGACUGUCUGCAGCAUUGACACACGUGGGCUGCGCUUCUCACGUGCAAUGAUCUUUGCCAUAGAAGAGAUUAAUAACAACACAGAACUGCUACCUGGAAUCAAGCUUGGAUACCAGAUCUAUGAUUCAUGUGCAUUAGUACCUGUUGCAGUGCAUGUGGCAUUUCAGUUUAUAAAUAGCUUCGACCCUGUGUUUUCCACUGGUAACAAUUGUUCUCAGUCUGGUAUGGUGAUGGCUGUUGUCGGGGACUCUGGGUCUACACCAUCCAUCAGCAUUUCACGUCUCAUAAGUCCCUUUAACAUUCCUCAAGUGAGCCACUUUGCCACAUGUGCAUGCUUGUCUGACAAGCAGCAGUACCCAAAUUUCUUCAGAACAAUUCCCAGUGACCAGUUUCAAGCUGAAGCACUAGCCAAGCUGGUAAAACACUUUGGCUGGAAUUGGAUAGGUGCUGUUCGGUCGGAUUCGGAUUAUGGAAAUAAUGGCAUGGCUUCCUUUCUCCAAGCAGCUCAGAAAGAGGGGAUCUGUGUGGAAUACUCUGUAUCUUUCUAUCGGACAAACCCACAGAGCAGAAUUCAAAAAGUAGCAGAUGUUAUCCGCAGGUCUAAAGCUGUAGUUGUUGUGGCAUUUGCAUCUUUUGGAGACAUGAAGAUACUGUUGGAGGAGCUAUCACGUGAGCCUUUCCCACCUCGCCAGUGGAUAGGCAGUGAGUCAUGGGUAACCAACACAGAAUUAACGAGGUACAGUUUCUGUGCUGGGGCCAUUGGAUUUGGUAUUCCAAAGUCUGCAAUCCCAGGUCUCAGAGAAUUCCUGCUGAAUCUCUCUUUCUCUGAAGUCACCACUUCAUCGGUGCUCACUGAGUUUUGGGAGGAUGCAUUCAACUGUAGACUGAAAAAAAGUGCUGCUACUGUAGACAAGAAAGUUUGUGAUGGAACUGAAGACAUACAGAACCUCCAAAGCCAAUACACUGACACGUCUCAGCUCAGAAUUACUAACAUGGUGUACAAGGCUGUGUAUGCAAUAGCACAUGCCAUUCAUAAUGCAGUGUGUCUUGGAAAAAAUGUCACAGCUCAGUGUAACAAACUAACCAAGUUAGAGCCCAAACAGGUUUUAACUGAAUUGAAGAAAGUAAAUUUUUCCCAAAAUGGUUAUGAUGUGUCUUUUAAUGCUAAUGGGGAUCCUGUGGCUAACUAUGAGCUGGUAAACUGGCAAAAACACGAGAGUGGCAUCACUGAGAUAGUAACUGUAGGGCUGUAUGAUGCGUCACUACCAGUGGGCAAGGAGUUUAGAAUUAACAGAAACAUAACCUGGGUGGAAGAUAGCGCAAAAGUGCCGGUGUCAGUGUGCAGUGGCAGUUGUCCUCUAGGAACUCGUAAAGUACUCCAGAAAGGAAAACCCAUCUGCUGCUAUGAUUGUAUACCGUGUCCUGAGGGAGAGAUUAAUAAUAUUACAGAUUCAGCUGAUUGUUUACCCUGCCACAAAGAGUUCUGGCCUAAUGCAAAGAGAGACACUUGUAUCCCUAAACCUGUAGAGUUUCUUUCCUUUCAAGACAUCCUAGGAAUCAUCCUGGCCACAUUCUCAGUUCUGGGUGCCUUACUGGCCAUUAUCACUGCAGUUGUAUUCUUUUAUCACAGGACAACUCCAGUUGUCCGAGCCAACAACUCUGAGCUGAGCUUCCUGCUGCUCAUCUCUCUCACUCUGUGUUUCUUAUGUUCAUUAACUUUCAUUGGAGCACCAUCUGAGUGGUCCUGCAUGCUGCGUCACACUUCAUUUGGCAUCACCUUUGUGCUCUGUAUCUCCUGUGUACUUGGGAAAACUAUAGUGGUUUUAAUGGCUUUUAAAGCGACACUUCCAGGUAGUAAUGUGAUGAAAUGGUUUGGUCCUCCACAACAAAGAAUGACUGUUGUGUGUUUCACCUUUAUUCAAAUUUUAAUAUGUACUAUUUGGUUGGUAGUUAGCCCUCCCUUUGCAAUUAAAAAUCUAACCACAUACAAGGAGAAAAUCAUCCUGGAAUGUGCAUUAGGCUCUGCUGUUGGCUUCUGGGCUGUGCUUGGUUACAUAGGCCUACUUGCUGCCUUUUGCUUUGUUUUAGCUGUUUUAGCCCGCAAAUUACCUGAUAAUUUCAAUGAAGCCAAACUUAUCACCUUCAGCAUGCUGAUAUUCUGUGCAGUGUGGAUCACCUUUAUCCCAGCAUAUGUCAGCUCUCCUGGAAAAUUCACUGUGGUUGUGGAAAUUUUUGCCAUUCUGGCCUCCAGCUUUGGGCUAAUGCUGUGUAUAUUUGCCCCAAAGUGUUUUAUCAUAUUGUUUAAACCUGAGAAGAACACCAAAAAAUAUUUAAUGAGCAAAAAUCAGUCAUAGUAUAUUAAUAACUUUAAAAUGGUUAAUAUUGCAAUUGUACACUCAAAUUGUGUUUUUUGUACUUACAUGCCAAGAGCUAAAUUAUUUAUUAUUCAUAUGUGUAACUCUUU